GAGCUACAGGGGUGGUCACAUUCUCUCAGGCCCAGCAACAAGGGACUGACGCUGACCAAAAUGAAUCUUUUCUGCUUUUCACUGGAGGGCUCUAUGGAUAGCUUAUAUGAGCCAGUCCCAGAGCAACAAGCUAACCAAGGAAACACCUCUGUCGGGACUGGUUCUCUUAUCUCACCUCAUGGGGAGAGUGGAAAAGCACACGCCAAUCUCUUCAUGGAAGUUUCUAAUUUUGAGAAUGCCAAACCAAAAAGAAAGUCAAUCCGGAGAUCUAUGUCUGAAAACAAAGGAUUUGAAAGGAAAAUAGCGAAUGACACAACCUGGCAAGAACCCAGCAAGCCAGAGAAUGAUUCCCACAUCAGAAGACUCAGUCAGCUAAAAGAUCUAAAUGAAGAGGAUUUUCUUUUGAGUAAUUACAUGCAUACUUUUCAAGGAAAAAAACCACAAGGCAUUUCCUGUCAGGCUGUAACAUCAGGCGGUGACCCAGCGGAAUCAAUGGGGACGUUAAAGAGACUACAGAAACUGGUUUGGACCAAGAAAGCCAGGGUGCCGAGUCUGAAUGAGAUAAAACCCACAUUAAUAAACCUUGAGGAUGAAGAUGAAACUUUAAUUUCCUGUAUGAAAUUAACCAAAUCCCAAGAAAAGAAAAUUAGUAAUGUUAGCACAAGGGGAAAGGAAGAAAUGGAGAGGAGAUUGGAUUCUAUUUCUGCAUCACUGGUUAGAUCCAGCAUUUCCACUGGAGGCAAUAUGGCAGAAAUGUUAUCACACAAUGAAGGUGAAGUUCAGAUGUGGAACAGCUGGAAGCUUUUUCCAGAAACCCCUCUCUGGACAUGUGUUGAUUUUCAAAUUGCCCAAGUUGGACCCUGGAACGACUGUUUGCGCUGCACUCACCACCCACAACUUAAGUCUUCUUGUACAGAUAUGGAUCUCCCACAUUCUUGGCGCAGCAGCAGUUUUGGGAAUUUUGAUCGUUUUCGGAAUCAUUCCAUUUCAAAACCAGAUGAUUCAACUGAGGUGUAUGAAGGGGAAUCCAUAAAUGAAAAUGGAGAACAAAAUAAAACUUCAAAUAAUGGAGGAAGUUUAGGGAAAAAAAUGAGAGCUAUUUCCUGGACAAUGAAGAAAAAAGUGGGUAAAAAAUACAUCAAAGCCCUUUCUGAGGAAAAGGAUGAGGAGGAUGGAGAGGAUACCCUCCCAUACCGGAACAGUGACCCAAUGAUUGGAUCUCACACAGAGAAGAUCUCCCUCGAAGCCAGUGACUCCAUGGAUAGUCUCUACAGUGGGCGGAGUUCAUCAAGUGGAGUAACAAGUUGUUCAGAUGGUACAAGUAACCGGGACAGUUUUCGACUUGAUGAUGAUGGCCCAUACUCUGGACCAUUCUGUGGCCGUGCCAGAGUACAUACUGAUUUUACACCAAGCCCCUAUGACACUGACUCCCUCAAAAUCAAGAAAGGAGACAUAAUAGACAUUAUCUGCAAAACACCAAUGGGGAUGUGGACAGGAAUGCUGAACAAUAAGGUGGGAAAUUUCAAAUUUAUUUAUGUGGAUGUCAUCUCAGAAGAGGAAGCAGCCCCCAAGAAAAUAAAGGCACACCGAAGGAGUGGAAAGGAAAAACCCAAGACUCUGCAGGAGUUCUUACAGAGGAUUGACCUUCAGGAAUAUACCUCAACACUGUUACUCAAUGGUUAUGAGACCCUAGAAGAUUUAAAGGAUAUAAAAGAGAGUCAUCUCAUUGAAUUAAACAUUAAAAACCCAGAAGACAGGAUGAGGUUACUAUCAGCUGCUGAAAAUCUCCUUGAUGAAGAAACUAUUCAAGAGCAAGAAAAUGAAUCUGUGCCCCUAUCCUUAAGCCCAGACAUCUCCUUAAAUAAGUCACAGUUAGAGGACUGCCCAAGGGACUCUGGUUGUUAUAUCUCAUCAGAAAAUUCAGAUAAUGGCAAAGAAGAUGUGGAGUCUGAAAAUCUCUCUGACAUGGUACAGAAGAUUACUAUCACAGAGCCAAGUGACUGAAUACACAUUCUCAACUUUGUAUCUACAGACACAUUCCACUUUAAUUCUAUUUGAGCUAAAAGAUCAAAUAGGAGAGAAAGAGAAGUAUUUGUGAAUACAACCUGAAGUUAAACUAUUUUAAUCAGAAUGGUUUUACACAAAAGUUCAUGUCUCCAACAUUCCCAAUUAUUGUAAAUAGUAUGUAUAUUUAUUAUUUUGAAUGCUACAUGUUAAUAUUUCAUUUGCCUGUAUGAGAAGAGGUAUGGUGUAAGUCUUUGGUGUGUGUGAGAUAAGAUUUAUUCAUCUUUAUUUUCUAAGUGCAACAUGAAAAAUUCUGCAGUGAAAAACUCAUUUUUUCAUCCCUGCCAGUUUUGAACUUAUGUACGUUAUUGAACAAAUAGUAAUGGAGCGAGUAUCUGUGUAACCAAUUGUCCAAGCAGCAGUUACACUCAUUUUUAUACUUAAUAGGAAAGUGUGAGUUGACACUGGAGACAUUUUCUCUUGAUCCAGAGUGGGGUUUUAGUAAUUAUUUUUUAUCGAUUUCUUCACUGUUAUCUGGUAUAAAGGAAGAGUUAACAAGAUGCUGUCAAUUCUUAUUUAGUAAAACUAAUUUUAAUAAUUGUACAGAUGUUUCAUUUUCAAUUAUAAAUAUUUUAAAUUUUGAAAUAGCCUAAUUUUAAUAAUAAAAAGAACUACGUGCAUUUA